GUAAUUGGCGUUCGUGGUAACCAAUCAGGAAGAGGAUCUACGGGAACGCCUGCCUUUUAUUUUAUUGAACGGCCAAUCCGGUGGUAGGUUCACCUCCCCCUCUCUACCCAGAGUCACUGCUGCAGCCGCCGCCAUUUUAGCGUUUUGUCAGAAGCGUCCGCGCCGCGAGGAAGAGCCCCUGCUGCUUUUCGUGCGGGCUGUGUCCGAGAUGGUGAAGCUGUUCAUUGGAAACCUGCCCCGGGAGGCCACAGAGCAGGAGAUCCGCUCACUCUUCGAGCAGUAUGGGAAGGUGCUGGAGUGUGACAUCAUUAAGAACUACGGCUUUGUGCACAUAGAGGACAAGACGGCGGCCGAGGAUGCCAUACGCAACCUGCACCACUACAAGCUGCACGGGGUGAACAUCAACGUGGAAGCCAGCAAGAAUAAGAGCAAAACAUCCACAAAGUUGCAUGUAGGCAACAUCAGUCCUACUUGUACCAACAAGGAGCUUCGGGCCAAGUUUGAGGAGUAUGGUCCAGUCAUCGAAUGUGACAUCGUGAAAGAUUAUGCCUUUGUACACAUGGAGCGGGCAGAGGAUGCAGUGGAGGCCAUCAGGGGCCUUGACAACACAGAGUUUCAAGAUAUCUAUUCUGUCACUGAAGUUUGUGGUUUGAGCACAACUGAAAAAGAACCAGAAGAUAUGGGUGGUAAAUAACAGUCACACAAAUACAAAAAGAUACUUAAGUGUUAGAAACGUUUAUUUGUCAAAAUAUUAAAAAAAAAAAGGGGGGGAAAAGUGGAGUAAAACAAGGCUAAAUUUCAGCUAAUGCUGUACCAUGAUCACAGGUCAGACAUAAAAAAACAAAACAAACAAAACAACAACCACCAAAACCCCAAUGGUCCUAGCAGUUUCAGAAGAUUAGCUUCAACGUUAGAGUCCAGAGCUAACAGAGAAGAGUAAAAGGCUGCUUGCCACUACAUGGUCAUUUUAAAGGGAAAGGAGAUGUUGCAGGUAGACAGGGAGAAGGGUUCAACUCCUAAGGAAAGCAAGAUAAGAGGGAUUCCACUGUACAGGAAAAAGGGGAUGCCAGCAUAAUCCUUACCUAGGGCUGCUCAGAGGCUGAGAACAUAAGGAAUAGAGUGAAAGGCUACAGAGACUAGUAUCAGGAGGAAAGAAAAGUCAACUUAGAAGAAUUAAAUUAAGAAAGAAAACAUAGUUGGUCACAAACUCCUUUGUUUACUGAAACAUGAAGCAAUGGAAACAUCCCGGCAAAGGGGACCGCGCGGAGCAAGUUCUCAUAUAUGACCGCAGCCCGAGGGUUCAGUCCGCAAUUAUCCUACCUGAAAGAGAGCACAACACAAGAGGCUUACACAAUGCCUGGAGAGCAGCUUGGCUCCGAGUACAAGGGCCCCGGUCCCGUCCUGUAUUCCAGGGGGAAAGAAAAGAACAGAACAAAACAAAUCCAAGUCAGACCGGAUCAAACUUACAACUCAUAUAAUUACCUAGGAGUCUUCUAUGGCUAUAUAUAGGAGUUUACUUUUAGCUAUAUAUAGAACAAGAAGCAGUCUAUCUGGAAGACUGCUGUGUUGGUGAUAAACAUAUCUUUCUCACUUUCUCACCAAUCUUUUAGGCAAGACUACUUCUGUGAUACAAGGCUACUGUCGCUGCAACAAAGGGCAUACAGAUAUUAUCAAGAACCAUAAUUUAUCCAGAACAAUCAGAAGAUGCCAAGGUCUCAAAUAUGGCCAACUGCAGUCUUCUAAAUUUGUCUCAUUUUUAAUCUUUCAUAGUGAACAAAUUUUCAGAAAUGGGUAUCACAAUCACAAAGGGUAUCAAGGAGUGGUUCAUUCAUCCUCCAACAUAUCUGCAUAUCAUACUGUCACAGAUUUAGAGCCAUAAUUCCAGUAGUUCCUUUAAUUGACCAAAUCUCCCUUACCAAAUCAAAAGAAGAAAUCCUAAAUUCUCUAAUUCUUCCACUGAUGAUGGGAACUCCAGACACCAAUGGCUGGGGGAAAAAAAAAGUUAACUCACACCAAGUUCCUCUACUUAUUACAGACAAAGGGCCAAAUCUUGGUCUUGAUCUGUGCCAAUCGACUUCAAAAGUUGUGACGUUCUUGAAUCAGUUCUGCUAGGGUGAGACCCGAAUUUGGAUCCCCAACAGUUCUGGAGUAUUUCAUCCUGGCAGCCUCAUUAACAUCAGGCUCCUGGGACUGCAACCAACUCAAGGUUAUUCAGUCCAUUUGAGGUUCACACCUGGAAGGUAAGUUUCUUUAAAAGUCAUCACUAAAAAGAGGUUAGUUGAACAACCACUGCUCGCAGUCAAAAACCACUUAAAAAAUACCUUAGCAAUACCCUUUAAAGACCACAAUAUACACUAAUUUAAUAUUUAACUUUGGAACAUAUCUGAGAGAAAUAUAAGUUAUCCGAUAGAAGAUACCACCUUACUUUAGAGGCAUAUCCUACUUCAUGGCAGAUCCAGCAGCAAUAAAAGUAAAAAAAGUAAAAUGGCAAACUACACUAGUUGUAAGAUUGUCCUCUUCAUGCACAUGAACACACACUACACAGCGGUCUCAGGGGAUCCGUCUUGUCAUGGUCAUAUAGGACAUAACUUAUCACAGGUUCGCAUCAUAUUUGCUUCCCACUACAUAAAAGGGCAAAUUCCUGUCACUUGGUUUUCUUCUACACAUAUACCAAAAGGGUACUCAGGAACCCUGAAAACUCAGUGGUAACUCAGUUUAACUUUGCUACGAGGCCUCCAGUUCUACUGAUGGUCAAUUUCAAGGUACAAGGAAAACUAUGAGAAUAGAAAGUUAUAAUGCAAUUUCCACUCAGAUGAAGAGAUUUAUCAAUCUCUAGAUACUCCUAGUUAUUCUUGACAUUCAAACAUCUUUGCUAUACAUUUUCUGAAGUAGGAAAAAUUGCAAGGUUACCAUCAAUGGGACUUAUACACAUCAGAAAAUUACCUGUUUUAUCUAGCUCCUUAAAUGUUCCUCUCAAACAAAAAAAAAAAAAAAAAAAUUUGCUGGAAGAAAUGUUAAGUGUCAGGCUCUAAAUGACAGCAUCAUAAGCCAUGCAGAAAUACGGCUUAAGUGCCCACACAGAACACGAUGCUCUGGAUUACUAACAAGGAAGGGACUCGAUGGGACAAUGGCAUCAAAACGCUCUGCUUUCAGGCAAGUAUCCUGGAACUAAACACCUAGAAUUUAGAGGAUUUUAUUUGGCUAUAGAUAUGUUAGAAGAGUUUCCUCUGAUAAAGGCUCAUGACCGAAGUAGUAGUUUUAUUAGCAAAUUGGAUGUCUGAAGUUACAGCUUAAAUUCUCACUGGUGACAUUCAUUAUUAACUCCUGAACCUGUACUCUUCAGCGUACACUACAGUGACUUUUGUGGUGGAAAGAGAAAGUGGUUUUGGACUCAGGCACGCCUGAGUUUGAAUUCUGGCUCUACCUCUCAAUUACCAGGUGACUUUAGGCAAAGGACUUAACCCCUCUGAGCCUUAGUUCCCUUCUCAUAAAAGAAAAUAUCUUAAAGGCCAGCUGUAUAAUUAAAUGAUAUAAUGUACAAAGAGGGCACUCAACAAAUGUUAGUUCUCUUAACUAUGUCUCUGUAACCCAGAUCUGCUUACACUUGAUUAAAGAAAAAUAUUCUCACUAACAAACUGAGUUGCUGUUGUUCUCUCAGAAGGAACAAGUUGGUUGGUUGGAGUUGUAAACUAAAACCUCGACAGGCCAAAUGAACCCCUGGCCUAAGUUAGAGAAAUACUUCAGACUAACAUGCAAUUUAUACCUUUUGGAUACUGUCCUGACAGCAAAUGGAUGGCUUUAGCCUCCUCUAUGUGGCACAGGUCUCCCUCCUGGGGAACUAAAUGGAAUCUCUUAACCACACCCACCCCACUCUCACCUCCAGUUUUUAAAAGGCU